CUUUGACUGGCUGAUCAAUACUGGAGGAUCGUAUUCAAGAUGUCAUCAACCGGAAGCACCGAUCAUUCGCAGACCAACUCUCCUUCUGAAAACCCCUCAGGUACACAAAAUGAGUCUGCCUCAACAUCGACCACACAAGCAGAAUCUUCCUCGUCAUCGUCAAAGCCAAGUCCAAAAUGCGACACAUGCGGCAAGCAAGGUGACACCUUGAAAGAAUGCAUCAAAUGUCACUCAGUGACCUACUGUUCGAAAGACUGCCAGAAAGCGGACUUCAAGAACCACAAGAAAGUUUGUGCGAAGAUGGCCCAAGAAUACGCCAAGAAUGCGGACUUCAAGAUGGCGAGUAGAACGGCUCCAAGUGAAGGUCAUAGAGGUGGAUUGCAAAAAUGGCAGUUUGACACGUGAGCUUGCCAUCCGAGAAAGGUUGGGCAAGAUAAAUUGGGCUGAAGUGAAGGUGAUGGAGUGGCUGCCAUUCGAUCUUGAUGCGGAAGCCUGAGUGUAAUGAAUUCCAGCUCGACAUGUGCACGGCAUAUUGCCUGAAUCUGACUGCUAGGAGAGGAAAGUUGAUCCAGGCCUUCCAAUAGUCACAGACUGGCUGCAAUUCUCGCAAUCUGCAAAAAUACAACGCCUCAACUUUGCUG